CCCGCCCCGGCUGCGAUCCGCUAGCGGGGCCGCGGGUCCGCCCGCGCCGCUCCGCGCCGCACCGCGGGGCCAUGAGCUUCUUCGGGUUCGGGCAGAGCCCGGAGCUGGAGCUGGUGCUGAGCGACGCCGAGAGCCGGCGGCGGGUGGAGCACAAGACGGAGGAAGGCAAGAAGGAGAAAUACUUCCUCUUCUACGACGGCGAGACCACCGUGUCGGGGCGGGUGGUGCUCACCCUCAAGAACCCCAACAAGCGGCUGGAGCACCAGGGCAUCAAAGUGGAGUUCAUCGGGCAGAUCGAGCUCUACUAUGACCGAGGGAACCACCACGAGUUCGUGUCCCUGGUGAAGGACCUGGCCAGACCUGGGGAAUUCACUCAAUCACAGACAUUUGACUUUGAGUUCACUCACGUGGAGAAACCCUACGAGUCCUACACGGGGCAGAACGUGAAGCUACGGUAUUUCCUCCGUGCCACCGUGAGCCGCCGGCUGAACGACGUGGUCAAGGAGAUGGACAUCGUUGUGCACACCCUGAGCACCUACCCCGAGCUCAACUCCUCCAUCAAGAUGGAGGUGGGCAUUGAGGACUGCCUGCACAUCGAGUUCGAGUACAACAAGUCCAAGUACCAUUUAAAAGAUGUGAUUGUGGGGAAGAUCUACUUCCUGCUGGUGCGGAUCAAGAUCAAGCACAUGGAGAUAGACAUCAUCAAGAGGGAGACGACGGGCACGGGCCCCAACGUGUACCACGAGAACGACACCAUAGCCAAAUACGAGAUCAUGGAUGGGGCACCUGUGAGAGGAGAGUCCAUUCCCAUCAGGCUCUUUCUGGCUGGCUAUGAGCUGACUCCAACCAUGAGGGACAUCAACAAGAAGUUCUCUGUGCGUUAUUACCUCAAUCUGGUGCUGAUAGAUGAGGAGGAGAGACGCUACUUCAAACAGCAGGAGGUGGUGCUGUGGAGGAAAGGGGACAUCGUGAGGAAGAGCAUGUCGCACCAGGCCGCCAUCGCGUCGCAACGCUUUGAGGGCACGUCCUCGCACGGCGAGGCCAAGGCGGCCGGGCCGGCAGCGGAGAACAACGGGCGGCAGUGAGCCCGGG